UAUGAAGAGGACAGGAAAAAACAAAUCCACAUCUCACAGCAUCAGAACUGUUCCGAGCGCAAACCACAGGGGCUUAUUUUGUGUCUUUUUACUAGUGCAGGUGCACCUAAAGUAGCUGCACGCUGUUCUUCUGAGUGAGCUUCUGAAGUGUUGUCAUUGUGAAGAUGAGUGACUCACUGGAGAGGACUACAGACUGUCCUCUCCCUCUUCUCAAAGAAGAGUUGAACCCAGACGGGGACAAUGGGACUGUCGCUGGUGCCAGUGAGUUAUGUUGGGAAGAUGAAGGUCUACCUGUGGAGCUGCAGAAAGGGAUGGAGACCCUACGAGUGAACAAAGAGCUGACAGAUGUGACACUGUGUGUACAAGGACAUGACUUCCCUUGUCACAGAGCCAUUCUCGCUGCAGCGAGUCAAUACUUCAGGGCCAUGUUCUGCAGUGGUUUGAAAGAGAGUCAUGAAGAACGUAUUGAAAUAAAGGGGUUGGACAGUGGGACAAUGCGCUCUCUCUUGGACUAUACCUACACCAGCAGAGCUCAACUUACACACUCGAAUGUCCAGAGAAUACUGGAGGCUUCCAGCCAGUUUCAGUUUCUGCGUGUUGUGGAUGCCUGUUCUGGGUUUCUGAGCAAAUCUUUGCAUCUGGAGAGUUGUAUCGGGAUCUUGAACCUGGCUGAAAGUCAUGCCCUGCCGGAUCUGAAGGCCAAGGCUGAGGACUACAUCACCUUCCAGUUCUCCCAGGUAGUCCAGCAGCAGGACUUCUUGGAGCUGCCAGCAGACUCUCUGGAAACUGUCCUGCAAAGGGAUGACCUGGAUGUGACAUGUGAGGAGUUUGUCUUUGAGGCACUAAUGCGCUGGGUAAGAGCCCGGCAAGAUGAACGCCGUCCUUUAGUGGCCAGGAUGCUUUCACAUGUUCGACUGCCACUGUUGGAGCCAGCGUACUUUGUAGAAAACGUGGAGUCUGAUGAACUUGUAAACCAAUGCAGGGCAGCUUUUCCUUUGUUGCAAGAGACCCGCAACUAUCACCUCUCUGGAAGGGAGGUGGUGUCUGAACGAACAAAACCCCGUUUGCGUCACACUUUGUCAGAGGUUUUUCUAAUUAUUGGAGGCUGCACCAAGGAUGAACGCUUCAUUCCCACAGUCACAUGUUUGGACCCUCUCAGACGCAGCAGACUGGAGGUAGCCCGCCUGCCCAUCACAGAAAUGGAGGAUGAAUCUCAAAACAGAAAAUGGGUGGAGUUUGCCUGUGUCACUUUCCGCAAUGAAGUGUAUAUAUCUGGUGGUAAAGAGACACAGCAUGAAGUCUGGAAAUAUAACGGUGCAUUGGACAAGUGGAUACAGAUAGAGCCGCUGACAACUGGGCGUUGGAGGCACAAGAUGGCGGUCCUGAGGGGAAAAGUGUAUGUUCUGGGUGGAUUUGAUGGAGUUCAGAGACUGGCUAAUGUGGAGGCCUAUGAUCCCUUUCACAAUCGCUGGACACAGGUGGCACCUCUUGCAGUAGGUGUGAGCUCCUUUGCUGCUGCAAGCUUUGACAGAUGGAUAUAUGUAAUUGGUGGAGGGCCUAAUGGAAAACUGGCCACUGAUAAGGUUCAGUGUUGGGAACCUGGGACAGAUAACUGGGAACUACGGGCACCCAUUCCAGUUGAAACUAAAUGCACUAAUGCAGUCACAUUCAAGAACUGCAUCUAUAUAGUUGGUGGUGCCAUGCAUGCUAUGUACUGUUACUCUCCUCUGUCAGACUCCUGGUCGCUGGUGACUCGUCUGGGGGAGAGAGCAAGCUGUGCCAUUGCUGCAUGCAACAAUAAACUCUUCAUCACUGGAGGACGGGACAACAAGAACCAAGUCAUAUCCACAGUGAUGUGUUGGGACGUUGCCAGAGAGGUGCUGACUGAGGAAUGUGUUUUACCCAUGGGAGUGUCGCACCACGGUAGUGUGACACUCAUGAAGUCCUACACACAUAUACACAAAAUAGCACCUGCUUCGGAUGAACAAUGACAGUUUUCUGUGAAUAGGACUUAUUUAGCCUGACUGUGGUACUGAAAUGAUGUACAAAAUGAAGCAAAAAAUCUGAAUGCGUGGCAGUGCUCAUUCGCAAUCGCAAUUUGGCUGGUGAAAUAGUCGGGAUGGGUAAUAUUGUUGUAAAAUAUAGCACAAUGACACAGCAGCAGUUAUUGAAAAUAUGUAUUUGGUAAAAGAAAACAAAUACUAUGCAACAGCUGCUUUUACGGGUCACCACAGGAAAUCAUCUGCUUCCAUCUGACCCUGUCUCCUGCAUCUUCUACCUGCAUGUCCUCCUUCACCUCUUCCAUAAAUCUCCUCUUUGGUCUUCCUCUUUGCCUCCUGCCUGGGAGCUCCAUCUUCAUCAUCCUUCUACUAAUAUAUUUAUGAUCCCUCCUUUCAAUCUAACCUGGCUCACUUUGUUCCCAAAACGUCCAACCUGAACUGUCCCUCUGCUGUGUCCUUCCUCAUCCUGUCCAUCCCCCCAAAAAACAUCUCAACAUCUUCAGCUCUGCCUCCUGUUUUUUCAUCAGUGCAACCGUCCCUAUAGCAUAUAAAUUAACAACAUGGAAUUUAUAAUAAUAGCGGAAGCAGCACAACUGUUUUAGGCCGUUAUAGUUUCAAAAUAUUUUGCACAAUGACAUUUUCUGUGGAAAUGGUGCAAUAUUUGAGUGAACUGAAUAAAUAUGUAAAUAUGUUAAA